UUCCAAGCAUUGGAAGUGGAGAUGUUGGGAAAACAUUUUCUCUGGAUUUAUCUCCUUUCGGUGUCUUUGACGUUAUUUCUCGCUGAAGAGCUGAAGAGGGAUGGGCAUAAACGACAUGAAAAUGAUUCAGUUUGGAGCCAAGGGAAACCCAGGAGACUGUUUGCCAGGAGAAAGAUUUCACCCCAUCAGGGACAACACUGUGUCGCAAAACACAAGCCUGAGCCUGCAGCUCCUGCCCGGCGGUGUGGUCGCCUGAUGGAGAGCUGUCUCUAUCAUACCUCCUGCUGUGACCCCUGCGCCUCUUGCCGCUGUCGCCUCUUCAACACCGUCUGCCACUGCUUGAGACUGGGCCUGCACUGUCCCAAGAAGACCUAG